UUCCUGGUUUGUCCCUCUAAUCUGAUCUGUGUCGUUGGGUCCAUCGGCUGUGGCGGUUUCUCCAGAGGAGGCGCGUGCGCGCGCGCGUGCCCGCGCGUGUCAGCCUGUUGCUCCGAACCGUCACAUGCAUCCGCGGUUCGCUGGUUACCACCGGAAGCCUGUUCCCAUCAUGACCUAGCGGGAGCCCACCCGGUUUCCCAUCAGGGCUCAGCCCUCCGUCACAUGGUUCGACGGGAGCCUCUCAGCAGGAGGACGAGCGGGGGCCGGGACAGACGAAGGAGGACGAGCCGCGAGCUGCACCCUCUCUCCCUGCCCGCCGCCUGGUUUGUCGUGUGGGCCCAGGAGCCGCCGGCCGGACGAGGCUCCGCCGUGUCCGUCCGGACUUCUCCGGACUUCUCCGGACUUCUCCCGCCCCUCGCCGUGUUGGUGUGACAUCCUUGUGGUCGGCUGCGCGACCAUGUGAGAGACCUCCGCCAUAUUCCGCCGCGCCACGCCCGGAGCUCCGCCGCCGGGGGGGGGGAACGACUCGCUCGUACAAGUUUGUUGUGCAAAAGUUCAUUUCCUCUUCUCGGGAGGGGAUCGGGGCCCGAAGAAGCGAACGGCCGUGAGAAAAGGAAGAAAAGAAAGAACCGCACACCACUUUACUUCCUUAAACUGCGAGUCGCCCGAGCCACAGGAGGGGACGGGGGGAGACGGACAGUUGGUUUUAUUUCUGUGACGCGCUCUGCAGGAGCGAUGAUCCUGGGCUCCGCGGGAGCCUGCUGCCUCAGCCCGGAGGCCAAGGAGGCCCGCAGGAUCAACGACGAGAUCGAGAGGCAGCUCCGCCGGGACAAGAAGGACGCGCGGCGGGAGUUCAAGCUGCUCCUGCUCGGAACUGGCGAAAGUGGGAAGAGCACUUUCAUCAAGCAGAUGAGGAUCAUCCAUGGCCGUGGAUACACUGAGGAGGACAAGAGAGGCUUCACCAGGCUGGUCUACCAGAACAUCUUCACAGCCAUGCAGGCCAUGAUCCAGGCCAUGAACUCGCUACAAAUCCCCUACAAGUACGAACACAACAAGGCCAACGCCAGUGUUGUCAGUGGCGUUGAUGUGGAGAAGGUGACAACAUUAAUAAACCCAUAUGUUGACGCCAUCAAGAGCCUGUGGAGUGACCCGGGGAUUCAGGAAUGUUACAAUCGAAAGAGGGAAUACCAGCUCUCGGACUCAGCCAAAUACUAUCUCAAUGACUUGGACCGAAUUGCUGAUACUACGUAUUUGCCAACCCAGCAGGACGUCCUGAGGGUCAGGGUGCCCACAACUGGCAUUAUAGAGUACCCCUUUGACCUGGAGAAUGUGGUGUUCAGGAUGGUGGACGUGGGUGGCCAGCGUUCGGAGAGGAGGAAGUGGAUCCACUGUUUUGAGAAAGUCACGUCGAUAAUGUUCCUGGUGGCGCUCAGCGAGUACGACCAGGUCCUCAUCGAAUCGGCCAAUGAGAAUCGAAUGGAGGAAAGCAUGGCCCUGUUCCGCACGAUCAUAACCUACAAGUGGUUCAAAGACUCCUCAGUCAUCUUGUUCCUCAACAAGAUCGAUCUACUGGAGGAGAAAAUCAUGUAUUCACAUUUGGUUGACUACUUCCCUGAAUAUGAUGGUCCCCAGCGGGACGUCAAAGCAGGGAAAGAAUUCAUCUUGGAUAUGUUUCUCAGUCUUAAUCCAUUCGAGAAAAAAAUCAUCUACUCCCACUUCACCUGUGCCACAGACACAGACAACAUUCGGUUUGUCUUCCGCGCAGUGAAGGACCACAUCUUGCAGGAAAACCUGGAAGUCUACAACCUGGUUUAAAGCGGUGGCGGGCUCCAAUCGGCUCAGUGCAGCUGGCAGUCGGCAGAGCUCUGCGGUGAUUCAGCUUGCCCCGCACUGCUCCUGAACACUAUAAUCUUAAAAACAGGAAAUUGAGAAGCUAUAGAACGUGUCGCCAAAUGACUGUUCUACUACUGAUGUAUUUCAAAUUUUCCUGUUAGGCUCUUUGAAAAUGGACGUCUCCAGCUAUAAUGAAGUGUGUCCAGAAAAUUAAAGUGCCUCCUCAGUUGAGGAUUACUGUACACACUCAAAUGUAUGGAGCUCGUUGUGAACGUUGUUGAAAAGUGACGGUACGAAAAUGCACAUUGAUCGAUUGAGAGGGUGGGGGGGAAGUAUUCCAGUGGCCUCGAAAGCCUCCGAGGACUAGUAAUGUACGAGGUCUCUCCUUCAGGGAAUCUGUGGAAGUGGAUGUAGACUUAACUGCAAUGCAGCGCCUCCCAUCACUAACCCAAGUUGGUCAUAGUUUAUUCUUUUCCUUUUUUGUUUGUUAGAAACAGUGUGAAAUACUCUAAAUGCUUAGUCUGUAACAUGACUUAGCGAGUCAAACACUAAAGACAAUUAUUUUAUUCGAGACAUUGAUUUACACACUGUUCCUUUGUGUAGCAUCGGUUGUAGCGUUAGCAUUGUAGCAUUAGCUCUCAUCGUCUCUCUGUGUGCACCUCACCUAGUUGAUCAUUUCCACAACCUCGUUGCAAACGUCACUUGACUUUGUACACUUCGCGUUAGUCUGUCAUGGCAUUGUUCAGUGUUAAACCACUUUUUUUGUGAGCACAGCAUUGGUAUUUUAAAAAAUAUAUUUAAUUUAACACAUUUCAAAGAGACAUUCACAUUCCUUUUCUAAAGAAAGUCUUUUUUUUCAAAGCUAUAGAAUAAAGAGUUCAGGGACUAUUUUUUAUUUUAAGUAGUUUUCUUGGCUGAAAAUAAUUUGCUCAAAUGGCUUUGGGUUUUUCUCCAUUGUUAAUCUGAAUGCAUGGUGUAAAUAUUGCAUGGUACAGUAUUUUCAGAGUUUUCCCCCCUCUGCUUCAAAGUCAGUGUUGAAAUGCUCACUGCGGAGGAGAGAACUGUUAUGUUAAAUAAUCUCUGAGGCAUUAAACUAGAGUACUUUUGAUGUUAAUUCAUAAACUGUUCAAGGUAUCAGAUGCAUGAAUAAAAAGCUUAUGAAAGUGUAUCCACAGCAGGUCCACAAAACCUAUUCUUGUUAAAAAUAAUUACAGUCUAAUUUGCACGCGUUCUCCGUCACUGAGAUAUCUUUGUCAAACAAGUCUUGGUGGUGUUGUUUUUUUUUAAAUCUGGAUGAAUAAACAGACAUCUUGCAGUUGA